ACUAAUUUUUUAUGACUUUGUCCGGUUUUUCAGAGAGAGAUUUUGUAACAAAGAAGGUUGCUUCCCGUAACUCAACAGUGGAGUUAAAGUCCGAUGCUCGCCAUUUGACAGCAAUGCUGGCAGAACAAAUUUCUUUUCCUGCCUCAAUUCAUGGCACAGAAAAGCUGCGGAGUGUGGUAACCUUCUGUGGAAUGGUAGCAAUAAGUAAUGUAGCAUUGAGCAACUUAUUUAAACAGUCAAACCGUCUGCGUUUGCUUGAUUUUCGUUGCCCUGUUGGGUUUAAUCAGUUCAGAAAUGAAAUUCCUGAUGAAACAGGGCAAUCGAUGCAUUUGAGACACCUUUACCUCUCCUUCUCUGUGGAUGUGAAAAAGCUGCCUGAAGCUAUCUGUGAAUUAUGCAAUCUGCUAUCUUUGGAUCUAAAAUUUUGCGAUGGUCUUCAAGAACUACCAGAGGGGAUUGGGAAAUUGAUCAACUUGAGGUUUUUCAAUGCUGCCGGUUGGCCUUCUCUAACUUGGCCCCCAAAAUCAAUGGGGAGAUUAACUUCUCUCAGGGAGUUGGAUGGGGUUAACGCUAGGGUUGAUCACAAUGAUCCUAAAGAAUUUUGUAUUGGUGAUCUGGAAAUAUUGUGCCACCUUUGCCGGCUUUGGGUGAGUUUGGUUGGUUAUUCCAUAGAUGCAGAUGUGGUUAGGAGAGCAAGACUUCAUGAUAAGAUCCAUUUGCAGAAGAUGAAGGUUGAUCUGGUUCACAACAUGGACCUAGGUUAUGUAGUUGAAACCUUAAACCCACCUUCCAACUUAAAUGUUGCGUUUUGGACUGGCUACUACGACUGGUAUUACUAGCUAGUCCAGGAAGGAAUGUGAAUUUUAUCAAGCAACAAGGAGACACCUACAUUGGUCAUGAUGAAUAAGGGGAGUUGUCUUUCAUGCAAAGUUGCCAAUACUGUAUCAAUAUAUGUAUCGAUUUUACUAUUAAAACGGAAUGUACUGA